ACACGGUGUUUUCUUGGUGCUUAGAUACGCGACAACUGUCAGAAACAACUUAUUUUUUUGAAGUACCAUGUUGACAUAAUUGUUAACGGUAGUAGUUAUAUCUCGAAAAAAGGAACUUUUUAACUAUUAAUGAACAAUUAGGUUAGUUUUUUCAUAAUAGAUUGAUUAAAUUACAUUUCUUAUUUUAAAAAAAGUAUAUUUUACAGGGAAUUUGACUCUAAUUAUAACAGAAAAUGCAGUAUAGAUUUAAACCGGACGUUAGAAAAGAAUGUACGUACGGUUGGUACCCUUCAGUAUCACCUUUCAGGCGUACUAGACCUUUUGGAACACCACUCUCUGAAAAAAGCGAUCAGUCAAGAUCCGCAUCGGUUAUGCUGGGAAUAUCUGGUGUGAAAUGUCCACAAUUUAAAAGAACGCCUCAAAGUACGAGAGAAAGAGCAUCAUCCGCUCAGCAGAUGACUCCAAAGCCACCAGAAGGACUAAAGAAUGCGUGGCAACAGACUUCAGAAAGACAAACGCCUAUUUCGGCUUUGUCGAACUCAUCAGUUGAAAUUCCGUCGCCAAAAGUCGGCUCUCCGCUAUCAUUUGCUGAGCGGAGACCUGAAAGAAUAAGAAGUGCUUGUACUAUUGAAAGACCAAGAGUUCAAAUUCAAAGGAAUAUUCAGUCUGCAGGAACAUCAAGGAAUUCAACAGUAGAUGGUAGAUGUGCACCAACACCUCCGUGUAUAUCAUCAACAGAAGGGCUUAUUAAAGAGGAAAAAGAGGAAGGUGAGGUCGUUUUAGAUUAUGAUGAACAGUUGAAAAAGCAUGGAUGGAAAAUGGAAAUUCCUGGAGAUCCUUUUCACUUAAAAAAUGAUCAAUACUUUGCAUUUGCUGCCAGUAUUAUAUAUGAUUAUGACAAUUAUUAUCGCGUUGUCAAGGCUACAAUUUCCCUUUUCAAUAACAGGCGACGAUGCAUACCGAAAAGGGCCCCUUAUACUCAAGUUGUUAGUGAAGCUGAAGUUCCUCCUGAACCUCCAAAAACAUUUGCAGAGAACAAGGAGACUUUCUUUUAUAAUACAAUACCCAGAAAGCCAAUGUCCUACACUGUGUAUCCCGGAUGGCCGUCCGAAACGUUCCUCGCUAAACGUCAAAAGUUACAACAGAAAGAAGGAGGGAUGAAUUAUCGUUAUAGAAAUUUUAGUUUUAUCUACUAA